AUGGUUUCAUUCUGGCAAAAGAAGGAUGAGCCCAACAGGCCCGGAUCAUCUGGUGCUCGGGACGAAGGGCAUGGGAAUGUUUCCGCAUCAGAUCAUGAAGAGCCGACUGAGCGAUCCAGAUUGCUUCCCCCGAAUAAUGAUCGAGGAUAUUUGAGUCCCGAUGAUCCAGCUGUCUCCCCUUACAAUCUAUGGAGUGUACGAGCGUUGCGAGGGCUUUCCCUUCUUGCACUAGCUGCGAGCUUUGUGUGGUGGACGUUCCUUCUGGUAUCAAUAUUUGUCAGUCCACCGCUGAUGCACUCGCGGGGAUCUGGAUUCUUCGCCUUUUCCUACAUUACCUUGACAGCCGGCUACCUUGUGCUCGGUCUGCUGUUCUUCGUCGUUCCCUCGAAACCAAUGACGGUCUGUGGGAUCAUCCUCGCGGUCCUUCUGUUGAUCGAUAUGUCUAUCAUAGUCGGCGUCCCACAGAUCCGCUUUGAAGAAGGUUGGGUUGGUAUCGCGUCCGUCGUGUGGGCACUUGUCAUUUCCGUCUACCAGAUUCUUCAGAAUCAAGUUGUCACACGGGGUAAACGGGAGGAAGAGGAGCGACUGACUGGUCGUGAAGAGACUCGUCGCUCCCUCCGAGAAUGGCUUGCCGUUCUUGUUGAGAUAGUCAUGUUGGCAGUGAUGGCUUUUGUGACUCUUUUAUUCACGGCAACGCUAAUCCUGCGUGCUCGGGAUGCUUCACUUCAGCCUAUUGGAAAACGCUACUCCGUGCACGGGGACACGUAUCGAGUCCAUUUAGCUUGUGUUGGGAAUCGCACCGAAGAUUCCAAUGAGCCGACUAUUCUUGUCGAAGGUGACUACGGCCCCGUCGAACAUACUUUACAACCAUUCAUCGACGAUGCGUAUCAAUCCGGAGCUAUCAGCAGAUACUGCUACUGGGACCGACCCGGAUUCGGAUGGUCUGAUAAUGCACCCUCACCCCAUUCAGCAGGCAUGUCUGCAGACGUAUUAUCCGAAGCGUUAGCUCUGGCCGGCGAAUCCGGACCUUGGGUCGUCGUCUCUGCUGGCGUGGGCAGCCUUUACUCUCGCCUUUUCGCUAGCCGCCAUUUACUGGAAGUCAGCGGCAUCUUCCUCAUUGAUCCACUUCACGAGGCAUACCUCGCUGACAUUGGCCAACCCAAACGAGGCUUCAUGCUGUGGCUACGCGGUAUUUUGUCACCCUUGGGUUUGGAUCGUCUAGCGGGUGCUCUCUUCCGAGGACGUACCCGCGAAGACCGAGUCAUCGGAGGCUCCGCCUAUCAGACUGGAAAAUUCAUCAAGGCAAAGCUACAGGAGAAUCUCGUGGCAGUGACCAUGACUUCGGCGGAAGUUCAAUCUGCUCGACAUAUCCAGAUGGGUACGACUCCAUUGGUCGUUGUGAGCUCAGGUCUCAAGAUGCGAGCAGACCCAGAGUGGGCGAAGAGACAGGAGGAUCUCUCGCAGAUCACGAACAAGUUACUUGCCUGGGACGUUGUUCACGAUGCUCCACAUGAGGUUUGGACUGAUGGGGAAGGAAGACAGGUUCUGGAAAGUCGGUUGAAGGACAUUGUUCGGGCAAGUCGCAAAAUCAAAUCCUAG